AUGGUUCGUAUUUAUUGUCCGCCGCUAUAUUUCACAAUAUUCUCAAAAUAUCAAGAAAAAAGAAUAUUGAAAGUUUUAUUAGGUUUUAUUGCAGGAUUCGGUUUGGGACAACUAUACUUUAACUUGUUUUUAAAAGACAUACCUUUUUUAAAUGACGUUGGUUUUAUUUUAGGCUUACUCAUAAGCAUAAUUCUAGGUAUAUCAAUAGCAGCAUCUGUACAAGUGCGUUGUAUUUCGCUUUUGUUAUUUCCCAUGUAUUGUGGAAAAGCUGGUCGUAGUAUUUUGAAGGCUAUCGUACUGACGUACGUUAUUGCUGGACCAAUAACAAAUAUGGGUUUAAAUGCAAAAGAAGUGGUACGCGUUUUUGCUUGCACUACCCAUUUGUCUUAUAAUCUUUCCAAACUUAUGUAUGCUCAGAAUUGUAUACCGUUAAACAAAGCUUUGCUGGAUUUUACACAAGACCUAGUUCUGAUAAAGGAAAAUAUAAGAUCCAUUCGUGACGUAAUAUCUCCAAUUGAAUAUGAAAUUGAAGGUUUGGUUGGCGUUCAACAGAUGAAGAAUGAAAAUGAUUUUACCGAUGCUUUAUUUGAUAUUGUUCACCACACAGACGAAGAUACGAAAAUAUUACAGUUCGUAUAUUCUAUAGAAUCUGGUUUUGGAGAAGGAUACACUUACCUGAAGUUAGCUAAAAGAGAAUUGACAGCGAAUUUAGACACGAUAAAUUUGCAGCACAAAAUCUAUUAUGACCGAAAGCUUUACGAUAUUCAGGAUGCUAAGGAAACUGGGGAACGAGUAAUUCACGCAUUUGCAGAAAAAUACACCGUAAUGAAAUUCGUCAUUGUUUCAGUAUACAUUUUUUUAGCUCUCCUAUUUCUCCGUAUUCCAAUAGCUUCAGCAAAUUAUCAUGACUUAUAUCUCAGUAGUAUUGAUUACGACAAUGUUUACGUAACUGAUUAUUUUAAAAGAAUCGAUGAGAAACGACGAAAGAAAAAUAAAUUCCACGUUUUGCCUUUGAAAAAGAUGGAAAGGAACAGAUAUAUAGACGUUCAUUCAAUAUCCUACAUACCGUCAGAACGCAACAAGCUAUUGACGCAAAUCCUAAAAGUUAUGCUCGAGGCUGUCACUGCUACGACCUUUGUUAUGUUAGAUAGACUAUUUUAUGAAGCGUUGGACGUAGUACGGCAGCAUGCAUCAGAAAAAAGUGCUACUUUCAAUGUGCAAGACAUUGCAAUUCAGGUUGAAGGAAAAGGUCCCUUAUCUAGUAUGCUGCGGAAAAUCCUAAGAGAAUUUAACUUAAAUAAAAGCAACAGAAUGGUUUCAAAUGAUGUCUGUGUUCCUCGGCCUCGAGCAAUGCCUACAAUUUACUAUAUUAAAAUUUAUGGGGGAUAUUUAUGGAUCCUACUCUUGCUUUACAUUAACCCGUUUACGCUGAGACUGCGGAGGCUAAUUUGCAGUUAUUUUUACUGUAAGCGCGAAAAGGAACGCGUAUUACACCUCUACAACGACAUCCUUAAGAAACGUCUCAGAAUGCAGAAAACUCUUCGCAAGAAAGCUGUACAAGCUGUUCGCGCUCACUAUUUAUCUGGCGAGAAUUUACUUAGUAUGAGAAUGAGAUAUCCUCAGCUCUUGGGCUGGCUUGGAAAGUUGUCAGUUGCCAGGAUGAAGUGUUUGAUUUGCGAGGAGACUGAACCGAAAUACGCCGGCCAUAAAAAAAUAACAAAUUCAAUAGAAGUAUGGCAUUCGUGUGUAAGCACUCGAUGUCCGUUCGUGUAUUGUAAUGAAUGCUGGCUGGAAGUGGGCUCUCAAUGCCUCGCCUGUGACCCCGCUUUGGCCGAUCUUAGCGAUGUGGAUUCCCUCAGCGACAAUAACCCGCCACGAUAUUAA